AUGACAAAUGAAACCUUAGAAACACAUUUCAAGUUCAUGCGAAUGGCACUUGAUCAAGCCGAAGCGGCGCAUCGUGCAAGAGAAGUUCCUGUCGGGUGCUUGUUUGUCUACAACAACACCGAGGUAGUUUCCACCGGCAGUAAUUUGACUAACGAUACCCUUUCAGGUAUAAGACAUGCUGAGCUCGUGGGGAUUGAUGAGAUAUUGGAACGGUUCAACUUGACUUCGUCAGAGAACAAAUACGAUGCGGAGCGCCAGCACAAGAUCUAUGAACUUUUCUCUAAGAUCGAUUUAUACGUGACAAUCGAGCCUUGCGUGAUGUGUGGAUCAGCAUUACGACAAAUUGGGAUCAACCGAGUAUUUUUCGGGGCCGCAAAUGAUAGAUUCGGGGGAAAUGGAAGUAUCUUUACCAUCAACCAUGACGACUUGGGAAUAGAGCAUGUAAGUGGUAAUAAUUCGUGCUUUGACAAAACUUAUGAAAGCUAUCCUGAUUUCGGAAGAGAAGAGGCGAUCAUACUAUUGAGGAAGUUUUAUGUGGGUCAGAAUAAGAAGGCCCCGAACCCUCAGACAAAAGAAGAGGAUAGUAGACUACUAAGGUUUGAUCAAUUCCCGUUGAUGAAGUAUUCAAAGUAUAUAACGAAGAAAGAGUUUUUGAAAAUGUAUGGAGAAAGUAAUGUCCAUAGAUGGAUAAGAUCUGAACUGGGUGAAGAUCUCACGGAGGCUGAGGGAAUGUUUAUUGAAAACUGGAUUGAUCCAUUGAUGCCUCUCAAGAAGGAAGUAAAGCUUGAAAUGGAUGAAUGGCAAAGGAAAAUCCAAGAAGGAGUUAUAAAUGAGAAUCGUGAUCAUGACAGGGGAAAUGAUGUCAAGAGAAUCAAGAUAAGUGGUGAUUGA